GGACCAAGAGAAACAAAGUGGAGCAGAUCACUGAUACAGAUGCAGUUCAGGGGACAUCUCACCAGGGACAAUCUAAUGAAAAGAUCCUAAGUGAGUGUGUCUCCAGGGCCUGUCAGACCAGGGCUCUUGACCUCCCGCCAAUCGAUCCGGAUGCUUUCAACCCGAUUAUCAUCCGGUUUCUGGAAAAACUUACUGAAGAGCAAUGGAGGCAGUUAAGCAUUGGCAGGAUGGACCCUGUGAUGAGGGCAUUGCUUGCAGAGAUGUGCCUGCAGAUUGUGCGGUUUGUAUCUGAGGCCAUCCUGGAGGUCAUCAUCCCUGCAAUUUUCCGUUUUGUACGGAUAUACAGCCAUGUGUCUCCAGUAUCCGGCAAGUCUCUGACAGAAUCAGAGAGAUCCUCUAGCACAAACCUGAAGGUUCGCAAGAGAGGCAGCAGCAAAUCCUCAAGGUCUUGCACGGCCAAAUCAAGCUCCUCUCGUAAUGGGUCUCAGACAGUGUUGCCAAAUACUCAGGGAGAUGGUGAGUCUAUUUCAUCUGAGCCACUCAGUGACUUUUUUGGGAUCACUGAGGACAGUCUCCUCACUGGUGUCCAGGAUUCCUUCAAAAAGUCACUGAACAAUGUCCUCUGUAUCCAAAGAGAGGGCCAGGUAGACACUCAAAGUCUAUCCCGGGUUAUUGUUGGAGAAGUGUCAAAGAAGGUCAAUUCCAUAAUCUCUGUGGCCAUCCAAACUCCCAUCUCUGGGCGAAUGUCCCCUGUCAUUUUUGCCAGUGGUGGUGUCUCCAGCACCAAGGUGGUUGAGGAGAUGGUGUCUGGCAUUUCCAACAUACUUCAGAUGUACAUUAAUGGGAAGAGUGUUGAGCAGAGUGUUGUUCUCAUAGAGGAUGGUGUUGAGGUGGAUAUGACACAUUUAACAGGACAGGUCAUGACAGCCCUCAGUGGCACUGUUUUGAACUUCAGCAACAAGGAGGAAAAUGAACCCGACAAGAGGGAACUGCUUUGUGUUGUUGCUGACCACAUGAAGAUGCUUGAAGCUUGUAAAAGUCCCGAGGAGAUGCUAAAACAAGGAGAGAGCAACCUAAAUAUCAAAGGUGCCAAAUCUAGUCUUCGUCUGUCAACACAAAGUAUGGACAGACUACUCACUGAGGAGUUUCAGACCAAGGCCAUUGAAUCGAUCCGGGAGAUCGUUAAAAGAUUCAGGGGUUGUACAUCAUGUUGUUCUGGCACUACAUCAUCUAGUCCAACUCCUAGGAUAGGUGAGAUCAGAGACCUUAUGAUUGACCCUGAGGCUUCUGAGUUGGUAAGUACCUUUGUUUCAGACAUGGACAAUCUUACCCAGUCUAUCAGGGCAUCCUGCUCCCCUGCACAGGGUGAGCAGAUCCUUCUUGAAAACCAUCAAAGUAAGAUCUGGUCUUACACUGUAUGUUGUUACUAUGACAUGAAAAAUACGCUGAAGAGGCUUCUUACCUGUCCAGAAAAAGGGGGAUCUCGCAAGUACAUUUGUGGAGAGCACCAAAGAUUCUUUCACAAUGGUUCCAACUUUGUGCCUGGACGUCGGUCAUUCCAGUAAUGGUGAGGCUGACACAUCAGACUCCAUUUUUUGUAAACCACUUUUAAUAACCCCCUCAUCUAUGAAUGAACAAAAAGGACAAAGUGAGACCCCAAAACCUCUCUUGGCUCUCAAAAAGUAUUUGCAAGACCAAGUCCUCCUUGACACCACAAAAGCGAUUGCCAGCCAGGUUCUAGUCUUGUAUAAGACUGAGGUGAUGGAGAAGUUCUCAUCUUCUGUUGGAGAGUGUGAUUCUGAAGAGUCUCUGGAGGCCAUUCUAUUUGUGGAUGGCAUCAUGUCUGACUUGAAUGAUUUCACCAGUUCUUGUUCCGCCUCACCAUCUGAGUUGUUAGACAGUGAACAAUGUCUCUCCCAUCUCACUUUUCCACUUGGUCUGCAGGACAGCACCACCAACAGUGAAUCUACCCAGAGUCUUCCAGUUAUAAAUAUGACGAAACUCUCCAGUGUGUCUUUCCAGACAAAGGCUAGAAAGGCAGUGAGUGAAGCUCUGAGAUCUGUCAACCCCUUUACAAACAGCUUACUGGGAGACUCUGAAGCAUCUAAAUUACUGGACACUUUUGUAACAGAUGUGGAGACUAUUGUUCAGUCCAUGCAGGCACAUGAAUCUGAAAUUCUCAGAAUUUCAAAAGUGAGCACCCUUUCUGCUGCUCGUAUUAUAUAUCAUAGAUUUCGAGAAAUGCUGAGGCGUUUUCUCACUUCCUGCCAAGACUCUGUAAAGGUCAUCGGUGGUGUUACACCAAUACAUGAUGAGACUCUCAAACAGGCUCCUAGUGAAAGUUUAGAUUCUCAGGUGACUUGUAAUAGGGAUUCUCUUGAAAUCCAAGCGGACCUUCAAACCUGUACCAAGGAGGUCAUUAGUCAGAUCCUCACUGUGUAUCACUCUGAGGAAUCCAUGGAGGAAUGCCUCUCUAGCCUAAAAGGAGAUAAAGAAGACCUGUCCAAGCUUUUGGAUGCCGUUGUUUCUCAGAUUGACGGUCUUGCCGCCUCCAAAUCAUAUUUAUCUGUUGAUGACUAUGCUGUCAAUACACAGGACAAUUUGCAUGGUGAGAUCAACAAUGAUGAGGAGGAGGCAUCCUCUAGAAGUCUUAAAUCCACAGCCUUUGACAAACUAUGUACUGAUGCAUUUCAAACUAAAGCCUCACAUAUGGCUGGUGGGAUCCUUCAAUCAGGGUUAAUUGGUAUUGUAAAUACCAGCCUUGAUGGUAGAAGUGCAGACAUUUGUGCAGAGUCCAGUAAUGAUGGUGAUGAUAGAGAUGUCAAAAUCCUUCAGAAGAGUGGAACUCCAUCUUUAUUCACCUCUUCU